AUGUCUGAACCGUACGAUCCGUAUAUUCCCAACAGCCCGCAGCGCACCCCAGGGCCGCCGGGCUCGGUGCAGGGCACGCCCCAGCAAGGCACGCCCCAGGGAACACCUUUCCAGCAGCAGGGCUCGCCGCAACAAGGCACCUCUGAUCCGAGAAUAGCGCAGUUGCAGUCGACGCUCGAUGAUACUAUGCAGCAGAUGAAAGACAACAUCAAUACUCUGGAUCAACGCGGCGACAAGAUCAAUACUCUCCAGGACAAGACUGACAACCUGGCCGUGUCUGCACAAGGGUUCCGACGCGGCGCGAACAAGGUCCGCAAGCAGAUGUGGUGGAAGGACAUGAAAAUGCGUAUGUGCUUGAUUGUUGGAAUCAUCGUUUUGAUUCUCGUCAUCGUCCUUCCAGCGGUGCUUGCUACCAAAAAAUAG